AUGGACGGAAAUUUAGCGGAGGUUAUGAAAGGCAUGUCACUGGGUGAAGAUAAAUCAAUCAUAAUUCUGGAGGAUGAUGACUUCUGCGCAGUCGAAAGAUGGGGAAGAAGUAUUAUGGGUUGUCUCCUUAACCCUGAAUGUCAGAACAUGGGGAGGAUGCUGAAGACCAUGCCUAAGAUCUGGAAGGUUUACGACAAAGUUCGAGGGUUAGCUCUUACUAAAGAGAGGUUCCAAUUUGUCUUUGAUCUGGAAAUAGAUAUACAGAUGCUCUACAACCUCCCAACAAACUACUUGACACUGAAGACAAUUGAUGCAGUCGCUGAUGGUAUCAGUCAUGUUAAAGUGAUAGAAUUUGACCCUGAGAAACCACUGUUGAAUGACUAUAUUAGAGUACAAGUGGUUUUGGAUCUGAAUCAACCAAUUCCAGACAAGAAAUCAGUGACACUGCGGAGGACGAAUCAAAUAUGUGGAUGUAGGCAAAAAUGCCCACUCCUUCAAACUUCAAGGAACAAUGGAAAGGGUGUCGCUGGACGCCACACUGGAAUAGAAAAUUCGACUUCAGGAGUAAGGCAACACCAUAAUAACUUGGCUGACAAGAUCAUGCCUUUGCUCGCUCCAUCCAUUCCUCCUGGCUUUGAGCCGCUUUCGUCUGUGGUAGCUUCUAAGGUUUUUGAACAGAUGAUAAUCUACAUGAACUGUGCUGAUUCAGAGGAAAGAUUGCUUAGAGAAGCAAAGAUGAAGAAAAUGUUAAAUGAACUAUCACAUGAUCCUAUUGCACAACGGUCUUGCUUACGUUUGGAAAUUGCCCCAAGAGUGUCAACAGAUGGUCAUGCUGGCAGAGGGAAAAUCUUUGAUUUUAGUAGAGUCCAAGCAGACCAGCUAUAUGAUAUUACAAAAUUGUCAUCUAAGGUUCAUGCUACCCGAAGAAAUCACACAUCUGCAAGUUUGACAGAAAGAGAUCAGUUGAAGAAGAUUGAGGAGACGAGUGGUUUAUAA